AUGAAGUGCACAGAUGAUGGGAUCAGAAGGGUCAAAGAAAAUUCGAAAGAGGAACUCAUGUUGCGUGUGACGAAUAUAGAUUCAAAGCCUGGUGCUCUGACCAAGAAGUUCUCUGUCAUGGAUGACAGAGAAAUACUCGAGGCAAUUGCAUCACACCGAGUUUCAAGUUUAAUAGAUUCAUGUGGUGCCCGUCUGAAUUCGUUUGUAAAAUUCCUGGACUACGCGUUCCUUGAGACAAAUGGGAAACAAUUUUCAAGGACCGCCAGGGGCGCACCGGACACCGCAGGACGUGCGGUGCUCUGCCGUGGAGUAUGGAAGCACACACACUCAAACCCUAUCCUUCAAGAUAUGAAAGUGGGAGAGAGCUCAAAAAAGGCCGUCAUAAAAGAGGUGUUCAUCAAAGAAAUCAGUGACCGUUCUUACAGGUGGUCCUUCCAUGCAAGAGUCACACACAAGAACAAGUUGAUACACUUCAACACGAAAAGAUCUGGAUGCAUAAUGUCAUUUGACGUUGUUGAUGUCCAGGGAACAGAGAUUAGAAUUAUUGGCUCCGACGAUUGUGCCUUGGUUUUGUCAGAUAAGAUUGUACAGGGUACAGUGUAUUCAUUUUCUGGUAGUGGUGGAAUACGACAUUCCAAUCAGGCAUACACACCAUUUGAAGCAACAUGGGAGAUUCAGGCUAACAAAGGUAUGGAGUUUACAGCUUUGGAUGAGGAUGCAAUGUUCCCAAGAAUUGUCUUGGCAAAAACAAGCAUAUUAAGUGCGUGUCAGAAGGAAAGGGACUCUUUUGUUGAUGUGGUUGGUAUCGUAAUAUGGAUUGGUACAAUUACAGUAACAUCUCGUGACAGUGGAACUUUUGUGAAGAAGAGAACAUUGUGUCUAGGUGAUGAUUCAGGCCACAGUGUUGAUCUAUGUCUCUGGGAUUUAAAAGCAGAAGAAGAGGGCUCAUAUAUACAGGAGCGGAUAGACAGUGGAGUUCAGCCAAUAAUAUGUGUCAAGGGUGGAAAGGUAUCGGACUACAAUGGUAAAUCACUUUCAGCAAUUGGUGUGAGCACUAUUCUUAUUGAACUGGAAAUGGAAGCAGUGGCUGAUUUGAGAGAAUGGAUGACAUUGUACUACAAUGUCACUAACUUCAUACAUUUGAGCACUUCAUCAUCCAGACAGAUUGUUAGCUGCACCACUACUUUAUCAGAGAUAUCAAACAUGUAG